AUGUCUUCCUUCGACUUGUGCACUCCAGAAACCUGCAGUAUUGACCAAAGUAUAUUCAAAUACCGGCCCUCGUUAGCAGCGAAUAGCGUUUUCAUCGCACUGUUCGGCGUCGGGCUUGUUAUCCAUGCUAUUCUCGGCGCCAAAUGGCGAACAUGGUCUUUUACAUUUUGCAUGCUGUGCGGCUGCGCAGUUGAGAUGAUUGGUUAUGGUGGUCGUGUCAAGAUGUGGGAGGAUGUUUUCAAUUUUCAGGGUUUCAUAAUGCAGAUUGUCUGUAUCACAAUCGCGCCCGUCUUCUUUACUGCGUCCAUUUAUUUGACCCUAUACACGUCAAUUCAUCAGCUCGGCGCAAAGUCACGAUUCUCCCCAAAGUUAUAUUACAUCGUCUUCAUCAUCUGCGAUGUUGUCUCGCUCGUUCUACAAGCCGUCGGCGGUGCUAUGUCUUCAAAUAGCAAGGGCUCGUCUCAAGAUGGUGUUGAUAUCUCUUUGGCCGGUCUCUCCUUCCAGGUUUUCUCCCUGACCGUCUUCAUCGCCUUGUCCAUUGAUUAUGCACGGUCGUACAUGCGCGAUGUAAGAUGCGUUUAUCGUAUUGCUGAGUUAAGCGAUGGAUACUCUGGCCCUUUGAUUGAACAGCAAGGAUCUUUCAUUGGACUCGAAGGAGUGCUUAUCGUCGUGUCCGUCGCUGCCCUGUUCAUCGGUCAUCCUGGUUUCGUAUACAAGCAGCCAACCAAAAGACUAUCCGAGUCUGACGCCGAAAAGGCAUAG